GGAAAAUCAGCUGUUGGACGAUCACAGGAAAGUCUUAUAGCCAGAAUACCAGAAAAAGAAAUACAAAGAACAAAAGUGUACAAGUGCCACUGAAUCGGAGUGCAUCUGAGCAACAUGGAGUACACAUUCAGAGCAGUAACUCACAGCCCCGGGAUUAUAAUCUGGAGAAUUGAGAAAAUGGAGCUGGUACAAGUCCCUGACAAAUCUUAUGGAAGCUUUUAUGAGGGUGACUGCUACAUACUUCUGUCUACUCAGAAGGUGGGCAGCUCUCUGCGUUAUAAUAUCCACUACUGGAUCGGCUCCCAGUCCACUCAGGAUGAACAGGGUGCAGCUGCUGUUUACACCAUCCAGCUGGAUGAAUAUUUGGGUUCCACUCCGGUCCAGCACCGCGAGGUUCAGAACUACGAGUCUAAUGAAUUUAGGGGUUACUUCAAACAAGGAAUAAUCUUUAAGAAAGGUGGAGUUGCAUCAGGCAUGAAGCACAUUGAAACCAACACCUAUGACGUUAAGAGGCUGCUUCAUGUCAAAGGGAAGAAAAGAGUGACUGCUAAGGAGGUGGAGAUGAGCUGGAAAAGCUUCAACCUUGGAGAUGUGUUUUUGCUGGACAUUGGCAAGACAAUUAUUCAGUGGAACGGACCCAAGAGCAACACACAGGAAAAGCUUAAAGGCAUGUUGCUGGCCAAAGACAUCCGAGACAGAGAGAGAGGAGGUCGGGCUGAGAUCAGAGUGAUCGAGGGUGAAGCAGAGAGCAACUCUCCUCAGAACAUGGAGAUGUUGAACAGUGUUCUUGGAGAAAGAACCUCCAAGCUGACGGAUGGACCUCCAGAUGAAACUGCUGACCAGGAGCAGAUGUCAAACCUUACACUUUACCACGUGUCAGAUGCUGAUGGUGAGAUGAAGGUCACAGAAGUUGCUACCAAACCACUGGUUCAGGAUCUCCUCAACCAUGAGGACUGCUACAUCCUGGAUCAGGGAGGGAUGAAGCUCUUUGUGUGGAAGGGGAAGAAAGCAAACAAAGCUGAAAGACAGGCUGCCAUGAGCAGAGCUUUGGAGUUCAUCAAAGUGAAAAACUACCCGAUCACUACAAAUGUGGUAACAGUGAAUGACGGGGCAGAGCCGGCUCUCUUCAAGCAGCUGUUCCAGAGGUGGACUGUAAAGGACCAGACUCAAGGUCUGGGCAAAGUGAACACAAGAGGGAAAGUUGCUCACAUCACACAGGAAAAAUUUGAUGCCUCUCUGAUGCACGUGAUGCCAGAGGUCGCUGCACAGGAGCGAAUGGUGGACAAUGGCACAGGUCAAGUGGAGGUGUGGCGAAUUGAGAAUCUGGAGCUUGUGCCUGUGGACCCUAAAUGGUACGGAUACUUCUAUGGAGGAGACUGCUACCUGAUCCUCUACACUUACUUGGUUAACAACAAGAAGUGUUACUUGCUUUAUAUAUGGCAGGGGCGUCAUGCGACACAGGAUGAACUGGCAGCCUCAGCAUUUCAGGCUGUGAACUUGGAUCAGAAGUACGGUGAUGAGCCAGUUCAAGUGAGAUUAACAAUGGGCAAAGAAACAAGACACUUCAUGGCGAUUUUCAAGGGGAAAAUGGUCAUAUUUGAGGGGGGCACAUCUAGAAAAGGGUCUUCUGACCCAGAGCCACCAAUAAGGUUGUUCCAGGUCCACGGUACUGACACAUCCAACACUAAAGCCAUAGAGGUUCCAGCCCUGGCCGCCUCUCUCAACUCCAAUGAUGUGUUUUUACUAAAGAGCCAAACAGGAAUAUAUCUGUGGUGUGGAAAGGGAUCAAGCGGAGAUGAGAGAGCCAUGGCAAAGGAUAUCAGCUCUGUGAUUGGCCAGAACUCCCAGAAAGACUCUGAGCAGAUUGUGGCGGAGGGUCAAGAGUCCAUUGAAUUCUGGGAGUUGCUUGGAGGGAAAGCUCCCUAUGCCAGUGAGAAGAGAUUACAGCAGACAGGUUCAGAAUACCAGGCGCGCCUGUUUGAAUGCUCCAAUAAGACGGGCCGUUUCAUUGUGAGCGAGGUGACUCAGUUCACGCAGGAAGACCUCAACGAGGAUGAUGUCAUGCUCCUGGACACAUGGGACCAGGUGUUUCUCUGGAUCGGCAAAGGGGCCAAUGAGGUGGAGCGCAAAGAAGCAAUGGUCACGAGCCAAGAGUACCUGCGCACCCACCCGGGUACCAGAGACCCCGACACCCCUAUCAUCUUGAUCAAGCAAGGAUUUGAGCCGCCCACCUUCACUGGGUGGUUCACAGCCUGGGACCCCUCCAAAUGGAGUGGAGGAAAGACCUACGAGGAGUUGAAGAAGGAGCUGGGAAAUGUAGCAUCACCUAUUCGUGUUACAACUGAGCAGAAGAGUGUUGAAAGUGAGAAAAUCUUUCAGUGUUUUCCACAUGACAAGUUGGUCAACAAGCUUGCCAGCGAGCUGCCUGAAGGUGUUGACCCGACCCAAAAAGAGAAAUACCUCUCUGACUCUGACUUCAUCGCCGUAUUUGGGAUCACCAAAGAUGACUUUGCACGCCUGCCUGGGUGGAAACAACUGAACAUGAAGAAAAUAAAGGGGAUGUUUUGAUCAUAUUGUUUCUGUGUUUGAAAUACGCUAUUACUGUUAAAAGACAACAGGAGGACUGUCUUUGAGUCAGCACACCCCCCCUCCCCUACAACUACUGACUUUCCACUUGAGCUCAGUCUCCUUGUUAACCUAUUUGAGGACAGGAUUUUGGAGUAAAUCUUAAUGUGUCUUUUCAUCCUCUGGUUUUAUUGUGAUUCAUACAUUUGUUUUAACUCACUGUAAUACAAGUCUUUACUUUUUUAACCUGUGCUCAGUUGACACUGUUUAUUUAAGAGAUCUUGUGAUAAUAUAAUUUGAACCCUUGGUAUGAAAAAAUAUAAAAUGUAUUGCUUAUUCUGCUGUGUUCACGUGGCAUGACUUACAUCACCAACGCAGUUUACUCCAUACUGAGACAUCACAUUAACCCUAUGAGCAUACAAAAAUGUGAACACCUCUCAUAAUAAUAAUGUAUGUCUGUCUCUAUAUUUUAGCUGUCGUGUAACUUUUGGUAUAUGUAUGCUAAAUAGAUGGUUAGAUGGUAACUUUAUUAAUACUACUAUACUUUAUACUGUUGUAUGGAUGUAUGGUUAUAUGUUAUAUGUUUUAUGAUGUUAUGUUUUAAUGGAGCCAGUGCUAUGGCAUUAUGUUUUAUUGUUGUAUAUCAAUUGCUGUGUGACUUAAUGUGUUUUAUUAUUUUUGUUUCUUUUAAGCUAUUAUGUGCCUAGUAUAACAUCUUGCCAAUGGACUACAGUUGAAAAUUAGCCUGCUGGCUAACACUGGCACAUUUACAGAAAUGUUGAUUAAUGUGCACUGUCCUUAAAUAAAUAAAUGAA